AUGGCUUUGCCUCUGACUCUCCCGGGCUUCACGGAUCCAGCUGCUGGCGCCCGUCGGACGUUGGCAGCGCAGGUGUGUGCAACUCCUUCAUCGAGCGGGGGGCCGAAAGUUGAGCAGCUGAAGCGAUGGGAUGGCAGCCGCAGCUGGAGCGCAGGUCGACACGAAGAGAGCCGUGGAGAAGUCGUGGAGACGGUUCGUUCCAUCCUGGACUGGGCUUCCAGCAUUGACGGCUCCGACUUGGCUCCAGCUUUCCGCGCUGUUCGAGACAAGCUAGACAUCCGCGACGUGGUGGUUGUUGUGCGGGACUUCGUGGGUAGCCUGCUUUACGUGGCAGUCGCCGCAGAGCCUCAGCUAUCGCACAGCCAGCAAGGUGGAAAUGCCAAGCGACAGCUUUCCGAGUUGCUGUGUGAGCUCUGUGGUUUGUACGAGCAACCUGCGCACUUCAGCCGUGCUACGCACUCUCGAGCGGGCCUCGCUGAGCCUUGCAAAUGCUGCACGUGUUGCCACAUUGCCAUUCAAGAGGCUUUGAGCCUCCUGCGCUUCGUUCACUACUUCAUGACAGCUUGUGCAGAUGAAUCCUCGGAGAGGAACCUUCCAAGGCAUAUGGAAGAUGGUGUUCUCGAGCUGCUUCACCUCGUUACCACUCUGAGCUCUGCUCUUCAUGAAGACUGCUUCCUUGUAGCCCAGCGCAGUGAUCAUUUGCAAUGGUGGCCGCGGUACGAGCAGUUGAGACGUGACUGUCCGGUGCCGUCAUGGCCUCUGACAGCAUGGGCGUCCUUUCAACAGCUUUGGCUGGAUGCGGAGCAAGCCGCUUUCAAGCUGCAGAAGAGGGUGGCCUUAUUCCGCAUGCAGACGGCACAGGGACGCCAGGGCCGGGGCGGCCAGGGAGUAAGGCACGCUCGUCCGUCUGCCGGUUUUGUCAGUUUUCCUCCUCGGCUUCCGAAGGUGGAGCUGACAGGCAGCUAA